AUGUCUCAACACUAUCCCCCACCACCCAUGACAGCUCCGGCCCAUAUAACCUCAUUUGCACAAUCCCAGAACCAAGCAGCUGCGGCUCCCUCCUACCAUUAUCCACCUCCCCCAGGACAACCGCCUCAAAAUGGAGCAUAUGCCUCGGCCACUCCACCAACAGAGAGCCCGCAGCCCCAUCGACACACAUCUUCGGUCGGGGAACAUGCAGCCCCUACCAUUGGGGUAUAUGCAGCUCCCCCAAAGUCAGUGAGCCCGCCUCACGAUUCAAUUGCUCGCCAAAAUCAAGCUGCCUUCGAGCAAAACAGUGUCAUUGGAAUGCAAAAAAUGCCCGGAGGAGCCCCGGCAUAUGGGGAAUUUAGUGGAGCAAAGGAAACCAACCAAGAUGAUACUGGGGUUUUCAACGGCGGAAGUUUCAGAAUCAGCCAUCGAGAUACCAACUCUCUUUUGACGGUGCAACUGGCAAUGGGUUGUCCUUUGACCAUAAGACCUGGUGCAAUGAUUGCGAUGUCUCCAACGCUCACAUUGAGAGGAAACAUCUCGUUUUCAUUGAAGAAACUUAUCAUCGGAGGUAGUAUGACCAUGUCCCAGUAUACCGGCCCCGGUGAGCUGCUGGUGGCGCCUUCAAUGUUGGGAGAUAUCAUGUGUAUUCAAAUGGAGGAACCAGAUGAAUGGAAAAUCGGACGUGACGCCUUCCUGGGACAUACCGCUGGUGUCGAGCAUAAGUAUCAGGCCCAAAGUUUAUCCAAAGGUGUUUUCUCCGGGGAGGGAUUCUUCAUCUACAAGAUAACAGGUGCUGGAUUACUCUGGAUCCAGAGCUUUGGUGCAAUCAUCCAGAAAGAUCUUCGCGAAGACGAGUCGUACUUCGUCGACAAUGGCCAUCUUGUAGCCUGGAACUGCAAAUACAAGAUGGAACGUGUGGCCUCUGGUGGUAUCAUCUCCGGCAUUACGUCUGGUGAGGGUCUUGCGUGUAGGUUUACGGGGCCUGGAACUGUCUACCUACAGACCAGAAACCUGAAUGCCUUCGCUGCUCAGAUGAAGAUGAGCACUGGAAGUGUUUAA